AUGACCUGGCCUCCACAAUCACCCGACAACAACCCAAUUGAGAUGGUGUGGAAUGAGUUGGACCGCAGAGUGAAGGAAAAGCAGCCAACAAGUGCUUGGCAUACUGUAUGUGGGAACUCCUUCAAGGCAAAGGCAACCUCAGAUGAUGAUGAUGAGGCGAUUACUAUGAUCAAAGAGCUUCUGGAUACCCGAAUCAGGCCCACAGUGCAGGAGGAUGGUGGAGAUGUCCUGUAUUGCGGCUUUGAGGAUGGCAUUGUGAAGCUGAAGCUGCAGGGCUCCUGCACCAGUUGCCCCAGCUCCAUGGUCACACUGAAGAGUGGCAUCCAGAAUAUGUUGCAGUUCUAUGUCCCUGAAGUGGAAGGGGUAGAGCAGGAUGAGCAAGAGGAAGUUGUCAAGGCUGAGUCCAAUGGAAUCGACUGACUCUACAGACAUUCUUCUUACCCUCUCCCCUCCAGCACCCACUCCUGACUCCAUCCUAUAGCGGAUUAAUGAGCAUCGUAGAGUCCUGUCUAAAGCACAGCAGUGGUAAAGAAGAACUGCAGGGUUAUUUGAAGAGAUUUCUCAUUGAACUUCAUAGCAAUUCUCAGAGAUUGUCAGCUGUUAAGUCAUUCUGGCUAUGUGUUUCAGUGGGUAAGAUGUACUGUCUUUGUCCUACUGCUUGCUUUGAAAGGCUUCUAAGGUGAAGGAUUCCAGCUUGUCUGACGAUUCAUUUAUUACAGUUUCUAGUAUUAUCACACCAUAUAACUCAGUAAGUAUUGGUUAUUACAGGCCCAAUGCAGCCGUUUGUAUAUGAUUAUCACCUCAUUUCUGGGUAACAAUUAAAUACCUUACUGUAAAAGAUUUCCAUUCAAAUGGGCAAAAUAGCUUUUUAGCAAAAAACGACAUCAAGUAAGGAUUUUGCAAAGGGGAGAAUGGAGAACUAGCUGUCAUUGUCAGAGAGGUUUGAAGCUCUUUAUUGGUCUAUUAAUUUACCGCAUGGUGAUGUCACCAUGGAAAGCCGAAACUCCCACACAUGCAAACCUGCUGUUUAGAAGGUCCUGUUAGAUUGUAUUUUCAACCAGCAGCUAUCAGGAAAUAACACUGAUAAAUUGUUUCACUCCUUUACAGUGUUUGGUUCAUCAGCUGUUGUUCAAUAUAUACAUUUUGACUGCACUUGUGCACCUUUUAAAAAGCACAACUCCAUCCAUAUACAACACAAAUGUGCACACUGUAUAAUGUAAAUAAAUAAAAUGCAU